AAUCUCUGCAGAGCGAAAGGAUGGACUGAACUCUGACUGGAGGCCGGGCUGCUCCGGAACCACCCCGACAGCCUCCAGAAAGGGGCGUGGUUAUAAUUUAGGGGCGUGGCCUUGCAGGCAGCAGGAAGAAGUUACCUGUUGAAUCUUCCUAUCCAUUCUCUUCCCAGCCUUUGUAGCUACCCCUAAGAGGGAAGCCGUAAACCACUAGCCUCUUCUGAAAAAGAGGUAAGGGGACGUAGACAAGGGGCAGCGAAGGAGGCUACUGCAUUCCUUAGGAGGGGCCAAACAGCUACUUUCUACCUGCUGAGUCAGGUGAACCGUUCCAUGGGGGCGGGGACCAGCAUAUGAGAAAAGGGCAAGGACGGAGGAGGUGUUUAUUUGUUCCCUUUCAAGACUAAAUUUAGGGCCCUUCGUCUGCAGACCCAUUGGCGCACUGUGCCUUGGGAACCCUCUUGGCCUCUGGAAGAGAAAAGAACGGGGGCCAGUUUUCCGCAGCAAAAGGAACGGCCCCUCUGGGCUUCCUCCCGUCUGUGUAUUUCCUAGCCCCAAAACGACAGAGCCAUAUGGCUUCCGCGGUCUGGGGGAGUGCUCCCUGGUGGGGCCCACCGCCCCCAGCCCCAGCCCGGCCGCUCACGGACAUCGACUUCUGCUCUGGGGCGCAGCUGCAAGAACUAACCCAGCUGAUCCAGGAGCUGGGUGUGCAGGAGAGCUGGAGUGAAGGUCCCAAGCCAGGACCAGAUCUCCUCCAGGCCAAGGACUUUGUUUUCUCUUUGCUUGGUCUCGUUCACCGCCGGGACCCUCGCUUUCCUCCACAGGCAGAGCUCUUGCUGCUUCGUGGCGGGAUUCGCGAGGGCUCCCUGGAUCUGGGGCCUGCGCCUCUAGGUCCCUACGCUCGGGGACCUCACUACGACGCCAGCUUCACCCUCCUGGUGCCCGUGCUUUCGCUAGAUGGCACUGGGCAGGAGCUGCAACCGGACGUGGGAUCCUGUUACGCAUGGCUCUUCCUCCCAGAGCAAGUACGCGGAACCUCGGUCCGGGAGGCAUGGCAGGAUUGCCUAGGACCCCCAGUCCCAGGAGGACGUGAUUCGAUCCACCCAGCCCAAAGCAAACAAACUCCCAAGGAUCCGCAAAUCUCCGUGGACCAGCUGCACGGUGACGUCACUGAGCCUGAGGCACACGAGUCUUUGGAAAAAUCACCUAGUAAUGUUUCAGUGCCAGAAUUGCCUCAACAAGACGUAACCGAUGUUGACUUCCCCUCACCACUGAAAAAAACGAAUGGUGACGUCACCAAAGCAGCCGACGUUAGCCCAGUGCCACAGCCGUCGGAGGCUCGGGAGGCAUGGCCCACAUUGUGCCCCGCCCAGGUGGCUGCCUGGUUCUUUGCUUCGCUGGCUGCGGUCGCUGAGUCCCUGUUUCCGGUCCCGGGUGCCCCGCGCUUGGUCCACGCAGCCCGCCACGCGGGGGUCACCACCAUCCUCCUGGCUACGCCCGGGUCCCCGCGCCGCCUCCUGCUAUUCGACCUGAUCCCCGUGGUGUCCGUGGCCGGCUGGCCCCAGGAGGCUCGGAGCCACUCGUGGGCCGGCCCGCUGGCCUCGGAGUCGUCUUCCUUCUACCUGGUGCCCGGCGGCGGCGGCACAGAGCGGCCGGGCGCCUCCGGAUGGCAGCUCUGCCUCGCCCGCCAAGAGCUGGCGCUCAAGAUGCGCAUACCCGUUCCCCUGCUGCAAGCGCACGCGGCGGCCCAGGCGCUGCUGCGCCCGCUGGUGGCCGGGACUAGGGUCGCGGCGCCCUAUCUCCUGCGGACGUUGCUCUACUGGGCGUGCGAGCGGCUGCCCGCGCUCUAUCUGGCGCGACCCGAGAAUGCGGGCGCCUGCUGCCUCGGGCUGCUGGAUGAGCUGGGCCGGGUGCUCGAGGCUGGGACGCUGCCCCACUAUUUUCUGAGUGGCCAAAAGCUCGGUGCGGGGGACGGCGCCGCUUCGUUGCUCGGGGCGUUGGCCCUGCUUCGCAGGGACCCUGCCCGCGCCCUGCGCGCCGCUGUAGAAGAGGCCAAGGCUGCACGCAAGGGGGGCGGCUUAGCCGGCGUGGGAGGCGGCGCCCAUUAAAGACGCUGUUCCUACUAACCUGGAAUGUGCUUCUGUUGGCCAGCGGGAUGUGGAGGGGACUGCUCUCCCCUCACCUGGGAGACAGGCUGAGCGCCUUGGGCCCGAAGAACCCGUUCUAGAAGGCCUCCUCGCCGGUUCCUCCGCUUCCUCCCACCCUCCUCCCGCCGCAUCCCUGGCACAGGUCGUUCCAUUCUGGCCUCUCCACUUUCCAAAUCUGUGGCCAGCACCCCUCCUGCUCCCGUGCAGCCUCUGGCAUCCAUCUCCCGCCAGUUCUUAUGGUCUUUUCUCUUAGGAGUCAAUAGGGAUGGGGGUAACAUAUUUGCUGAAAAAACGUGUAAAGGAGAAAGGUAUGGAGACCAGGGACUGACCAAUUUGUCUCACACAAAAGCAGAGAUAUUAAGGAGGCCGGAUUUCACCCCAGGCUAGACCUCACCACCACCGCUAUCUCUUCAGUUAUUCCCCCCACCUUCCUCAUCCAGUUCUGUCCUCCAUCCCGGGCAGUAGGGUCCCUUUCUCCAUUCUCGGGGCAUCUGCCAUUCCAUCUAUCUAAGCCCAACCUCUCCCCCAAUCCAGAGUUCCAUUCAGUGGAGUCGCCUCCUUGUCCCUCCUCCUCUGAACCCCGAGACAUGCGAGACAUGCGGCCUUGUCUCGGCUCCACCUGUCUCUAAGACCGUCCCCACUCCCUGCCUCCAAGGAACCCCAGGGUUCCUCCCGCCCAGCUUCACCCCCCCCAC